CCUCUUUUUGUUCCUAUACCAGAUUUGAAUUGACGCAACUUAACAUUACAUUAUUUUAUAUGUUGGGACACUAUGUACUUCUACUAGUAACCAUUUCACUGUCUGUUUAAUUUGUCACCAGGGAUGUUAGCCUUUCUUUGUGAAAUGUUUAGUAUAAAUUGAAACAGCUAUGCAACUAAUAAGAAAAAGGAUUGCUUCCUUUUCUAGCCUACUAUUAAAUACACUAUUUUUCCACAGGUUUCCAUUUCAUGACAGGCCAAGGCUAUAGCAGUGGGUAGAAAAUGUCAGGUGGAUGGAUUGGGAACCCACCCGACACUCAACUCUGUGCCCAUCACUUUGAAAAUGAGUGUUUUCGGCGUGAUGACAUGGGAAGAGUCAUCCUCACCCGGAUUGCUGUGCCCACUAUUUUCUCCUUUUCCAGUUCAUCAACAAAAGCGGUCACAAGGCCCCAGGGAAAAACAAAGGAGUAAGGUAAGUACAGAGGUAAGUGGCAAUGUUUAUCAUGCUGCAUAUGAUCACACAUACUGUGCUGAGGUUGAGGAUCUUGAUGAGGUAGAGGGAGUUGAUAAUGAUGAUGCAGACAUUGAUCACAGCGAUAUCACUGUGAUGCUGGAUAUGCAUGAUGAUACUACUUUUGUCAGAUGUAGGCCUACAUCACAAUUAUAUAGCUGUGAUGGUAGAUGUAUGUGAGGAAAGUGUGGCGUCAGACUCUAUCGAUCAUAGUUAUGCCGUUCCGGACACAACUUGUGUUCCUGAACACAACUACACUCUGAUGGAUGGAAUCUCCCAGAACACUCAAGCGUAACCUGAGGUCAGUAGGAGACAAACUGGAAACAUGUCGAAAGAAGUUAAAAUUGGAGAAGGAAAAAACUAAAUAUCCACUUUGUGUUGAAUGUGCGCCAAUGACGGCAUCCUGCAUUUGUUCCAUUAAUCUCUUUACCGCAUCUAUGUUGUUAACUAACAUUGUCUUUGUCUACUAACAGCCCACUCAUGGCCUGUACCUUGACGUGGUGAGUGGGCUUCAAACAAGACAGGCCGUUCAUUUCUCAUUUCUUUAAAAUGUUCAGAUAACCACCUGUGUGUGUGCCCUUUCCCUCUCCCUUCUGCAGGACCACCUACUGUGUGGAUCCAGGUGUGACUGUCACAGCUGCAACAUAACUAUUCAACAUGACAGAUCUCCUGACGCCCGACACCACUGCUGCAUCUUCAGCACAGACAACCCUUCACACUCCUCGCUUCUCACGUAAACAGGGAUGGACUUUUCAAAUUCCUUCAUGAGAGUGUGACAGCUAACGUUGUUAAUCACAUGCCAUUUCUCCUACUUCCACUUGUGUGUUCCAGGUUGCCUGUUGCCGGAGCUCCAGAGACUUUGCCUAGCUGACUACAGUGGAGCUGCAGGCCGCUGAUGUCACCAGGCAAAGUUCCCACAGUUUUGCUGAGCAGAGAGGAUCCGAGACGGACAAACUUGGCAGAAAAUCAAUGGUACAGUAGUACAGCAUAUUGGUUAAAUGCAAAGAUUCUCUUUUUUUUAUAUUUUACUCUCUACAUGUGGUUAUGUGUUGUCUGACUAGUACACCCUACUGUCUUUUGAGUUGGCUUUAAUUCUGCAUUGAACACAUCUUUAGCAUUGAAUUUAGUUUUUCACUAAAUACAUACAGUAAAUUGAAUGUUCUGUGUUCUAGUGUCCCUGUGUGUCUGCUCCUACUGUCACUAUGAGGUCGCUGAGCUGUUGGUGAGAAACAGGGCAUCGGUCAACGUAGCUGACCUGUGGAAUAUGUAUAACGAUAACAUUUUAAUGACUCAUCCAUCUGUCUGUGUGUAUCCCCACCAAUAAUAACUGUGAUGGUAACAUGUCUUUGGACAUGGUGAAUGAGGGAGACUCGGGCAUCCAGGACCUGCUGGAAGGAGAUGCUGCCCUCCUGGAGCACGGGGCUGACGACAACACUCAGCUCAAAGGGGGCUCAUCUCCCUGCACAACACAGCCUCAUAUGAGAUGUGAAGGUGCCGUCUUGCUGCGUGCCAUGAGUAACAGCCACCCCCUGCGGUCACUGACCUCCGUGUCAGAGAUAGACCACCUGCACCUGCUGUCAGAGCACCUGGGCGCCCUGGUGUCCGGCGAGGAGUACAGCGAUGUCACCUUUGUCGUCGAGGGGAAGCGCUUCCCUGCCCACCGGGUCAUCCUGGCGUCACGGUGCCAAUAUUUCAGAGCCAUGCUCUUUAAUGGCAUGAAGGAGUCCCAGCCCCAGGCCGAGGUGCCCCUGGAGGACACGCAGGCCGAGGCGUUCUCCAUGCUCCUGCAGUACCUGUACACGGGCCGUGCCAGCCUGAGUACAGCCCGCGAGGACGUUUUACUGGACUUCCUGGGCCUGGCGCACCGCUAUGGCCUCCAGCCACUAGAGGACAGCACCUGUGAGUUCCUGCGCACGGCGCUGCACAUGCAGAACGUAUGCAUGGUGUACGAUGUGGCCAGCCUCUACUGCCUGGGGGGCCUGGCGCAGGCGUGCCUUGCCUACAUGGACCGGAAGGCGCCUGAGGUGCUGGCGUCAGACUGCUUCCUCACUCUCUCUAAGACUGCUCUUCUGGCCGUGGUGCGGCGGGACUCGUUCGCCGCCACCGAGCGGGAGAUCUUCCAGGCGCUGUGCCGCUGGUGCCGGCACAACGGCAACAACGAGGUGGCAGCACAGGAAGUGAUGUCGGCAGUGCGCCUGCCCCUCAUGAGCCUGAUGGAGAUGCUAAACGUGGUGCGUCCUUCUGGCCUCGUCAGUCCCGACAACUUGCUCGACGCCAUCCAGACACGCUCUGAGAGCCGCGACAUGGACCUUAACUACCGAGGCAUGCUCAUCCCUGAGGAGAACAUUGCCACCAUGAAGCACGGCGCCCAGGUGGUGAAGGGUGAGCUGAAGUCAGCGCUGCUGGACGGAGACACGCAGAACUAUGACCUGGACCACGGCUUCUCCCGGCACCCCAUCGAGGAGGACGGCCACGGGCGCGCAGGCAUCCAGGUCAAGCUGGGCCAACCCUACAUCGUCAACCACGUACGCUUGCUGCUGUGGGACCGCGACAACCGGUCGUACUCUUACUAUGUAGAGGUGUCUAUGGAUGAGCUGGACUGGGUGCGUGUUGUGGACCACUCCAAGUUCCUCUGUCGUUCCUGGCAGAGUCUAUUCUUCACAGCGCGUGUCUGCAGGUAUGUACGCAUCGUGGGGACACACAACACCGUGAACAAGGUGUUCCACCUGGUGGCCUUCGAGUGCAUGUUCACACAGCGACGAUACAUUCUGGAGAAAGGACUCCUGGUCCCCGACCAUAACGUGGCCACCAUCGCGUGCGGGGCCAGUGUGAUCGAGGGUGUGAGCCGGAGCCGCAACGCCCUGCUCAACGGGGACACCUCCAACUACGACUGGGACUCGGGCUACACCUGCCACCAGCUUGGCUCAGGGGCCAUCGUCAUCCAACUGGCCCAACCCUACAUGUUGGGCUCACUCAGACUGCUGCUCUGGGACUGUGAUAACCGCAAUUACAGUUACUAUAUCGAGCUGUCCACCAACCAGCAGCAGUGGACCAAGGUGGUGGACCGUACCAAAGUGGCUUGCAGGUCUUGGCAGACGCUGGUGUUUGACAAGCAGCCCGCCUCCUUUGUACGCAUCGUGGGGACCCACAACACAUCCAACGAGGUGGGGAGAGACGAGCAGGCUCGGGAAGUGUUCCACUGCGUCCACCUCGAGUGCCCCGCCCAGCUCGACACAGAGGUCAAGGAGGGCAGCCCGAACUCCAAGUCCCCUCCGCUACAGCCCCAGUCCCCCUCACAGUCCCAGCUCCAACUCCCGGCCCGGCCUUCCUCCUCGCCCUCACACUCCCACCCCCACUAAGGGAUAUGCCAACCCCAACCUCCCCCCUCAGACUACAGGGGAAAACCACAGAGACUAUCCUGUCUCAAUGCACACAAGUUUAUUUUGUGAUGUCCCCCGAAGGUUACUCUACAUAAUAUGCUGCUCAAGUGAAAUAAAUAUAUAUUUAUACGAAAUUAAA